AUGGAUUCCUAUCGAAAAUGUUUGUUUCUGGGUAUGGUGCUUUUCUUGAUGAUAUCUAUCAACUACCACGUGCAAUUAAGGUAUCUUCCUCGGCAAACUGAUAAUGGAAAUCUCGGGAAGCAAGAAAGUGGCAGAAAGAUUCAACCAAAAAAGGAGAUAGAAAAGGGGUGGAAAUUUUUCGAGAGGAAGGAGAAGAAUCAAAGAAUUCACCAGACGAAAAAGUUUAUGAAUGAUGGAGAAAGAACCGAAACAAUGGAUAGUGUGGUACCUUUGAGAAUAAAGCGAAAUGCUUUGACAAACAAUUCUAAACUGUUAAAUGUCAGCAACGCCGAGAAUGGUACAAUGAACGAUAUUGACAUUGUCACUACUUCAGGUGUAAUCGGAUCGAACAGGUCACAAGACGAAAGAAGAGAGAAUGAUGUAUCAUCUAUUAUUAAUGAAGGAUUUGUGUCGAAGGAAACCUAUGAUGAAAUUGAGAAAGUGACAAGAUAUCUGACAUUUGUAACCCAGGUUCUCGUUGUUCUUGUAUGUACAAUAAAUAUCAUUGUAUUUUCCAGAAGGCCCAUGAGAAGUCCUACAAGUGCGUAUCUCAUAGCACUCAACUCCACUGAACUGUUGUCUGUCACAUCCGGAGUCAUGACAUCUGUAGUAGGUUUCAUUUUUGGUGACAAAGCCUUUGUAAGCUAUGGUUAUUUAUUCAUGGGUCUUUAUAUGUCUAAUUAUUUUACUGUGGCAACUCGAAGAUGUACAUUUGUUUUCACAUGCUUAGUAGCGGCUGAAAGAUUUCUAGCAGUCGCUUUUCCACUGAAAUCUAAACACAUGAAGUUGGUAAGAAAACCUAUCAUCUUUAUUUUAGCUACUGUGACCCUUUCUUUUGUGUUUCAUUUAUUUAGCGUUUUGAAAUACAACCUUGUUCCAUACCUCUCUCCAAACAGUAAUGAAACAUUUUGGAAAUUUCAGUUUACGAAAAUAUUUCUAGAAAAUAAAGCAAACAUGGAAUCAUGGAGUAUUGCCAGUAAAAUAAUUUUUGUUUAUAUUCAAUUAAUUGGAUGUUUAAUUUUAAAUAUUGGAAUUGUUAUUGCUCUUAAACGUCAUAGAAUGAAUAGACUUAGAUUGAAUUCAUCAGAGGAUGUUUCUAAAGUAGCUCAAGAAAAACAAACAACCGUCACAAUACUGGUAUCAACUUUUGUUUUUGUUUUGUUGGCUUUACCAGUGAAUACAAGUUCUGUCGUAGCCAAUCUAGAUAGCACUAAUUAUGGUCUGAACACCAAAAAUCAUUAUCUGUUUUAUGCUAUUCUCCAUUUAGGAGGUUGGUUUGAAUUGCUCAGUGACUGUACAAAUUUCAUUUCCUAUAUUGUUUUAAGCACACAGUUUCGACUCACGUUUAUAGAUGUGUUUGGAAACUGUAGUUUUCUGGGAUCAUGGUUUAGCGAAGAAAGAUACAUUGCAACUACUAAGAUCAGUACAAUAUCUAGUUCGAGGUUCAUACAGCUGAACAUCAAUGGUUUGAACGUACCUGAACGGAAGACCCAACUGGUACAGCUACUACAAAGGAAGCAGUAUGAUGCCGUUUUUCUCCAAGAGUCCAAGCUCGGUUCAAGGAAUAAAGACCCUAUCAUCAAUGGUUAUACUUUGAUCAGAUUAAACAGACCUAAUGCUCUCAACCAUCGAAGUGGUGGGGGUCUGGCCAUCUACAUCAAAAAUGGUAUAUCCCAUAGUGAGGCUCCUCUGGAGGCACAGGCGGUAUCCUUUACCGACAAGUCAAAGGUUUUUUCUAUCGUUAAUAUUUAUCGACCCGAAGUCAAAGGCAAACCUCAACGAUUCAGUGAAUAUCAGUAUGUUUACGAUCAGUUGCCCGGGACCGACAAUAUUGUGCUUGGUGAUUUUAACGCCAAACACGUAUUGUGGGGCUCGCCAACAACUGACACUAAUGGUAGACAUGUUGCUGAGUUCAUUGAGGCCAAUGACCUGGUUAGCAUAAAUGAUGGUAGCAUUACUUAUGUUGGUGCAAUUGCUCCUCUUGGUUCGCAUCUCGAUCUCACAUUAGUAAGCAGUCGGUUAGCUAAAGACUGUACGUGGGAAGCAACCUGUCUUCGAGUUUUCCAACAGAUAACAGAUAAUCUAACCAAACCAAACCAACGACUACCAUUCGACUACCAAUCAACAAGAAAUACCAUGAUCAGAACGAGUUUGGAAGAAUGA